UCUCAGUUUUUCACGUCUAAUCACGUUUGUAGCCUGUUUGUUUUUAAUUUAACCGCGGAUAAUUUGAAAUUAAUUUAUUCAUCAGUAGAGUGUGUUUAGUUAAUUUAUUAAUUUAAUUAAACGUCUAGAGAACCGGUCGUUAACAAGAUGGAGUCUUGCAAACUAAACACUGGCUUUGGCGAGGCAAACGAUUCUUCGAUAGUCUCGACUUUUCAGCCCGAAAGUAUUUAUUUGUCCGAAGAGUCUGUGAGUAAUUUGCAAAAUGGUUAUUAUGAGGUGCCCAAAUCAAUUUACCAACCGCAAAGUGAAAUUAUGCACAGGAACUUCAACGAAGAAGUUUCUAAACAGCUGAGCAAAAAGCGUGAAUCUGAAGAAAGUAGCAGUAAAAAUAAUACUAUGCGAAAAACUCCAGACCAGUUUACGAGGUUUUCAGUUGAUAAUUUACUACAAAUAGCAAAACUCAACAGUAACAGUUCUUUUGAUCCAUCUUCUAGAGAACUACCUGAAGCAACCAUUUCUGAAGUAACGAGCUCUGCAUCAUGCAGUAAAAAACUGAGGCGAAACAGGACAACAUUCACAUCCAAUCAACUAUCGGCACUGGAACAAAUAUUCGAACGCACACAUUAUCCGGAUGCUUUCCUGAGGGAAGAGAUUGCCACCAAAGUGGGACUGAGUGAAGCGCGAGUUCAGGUGUGGUUUCAAAAUCGACGGGCGAAAUUUCGUAGAAAUGAGCGCAAUGUUGGCACGCAACCGAUUUCUGCAAUGUCACCCGCAAUACAUUACGCGACACCAAUUAAGCCACUAAAUACGACGGAAAAUCUACACGCGAGUCAAAGUGAUAUGAACAACUCAUAUCCUUUCAAUUUUCAAAAUCUUAACGCUAUAUUUACGUCCUCUUCGAGGGUGGGUAGUUUUCCGUAUGGUGAUACAAUACCAUCGCACGAUGCAAACUCCUGCAACUAUCAUUCUUCGGGCUAUCCAGCGAAUGUUAUGCCAGGUUAUCAAUUCCCUCCGUUCAAAUAUUAA